AUGUUCGCCCAACGCAUCCUUGCCCGCUCGUCGCAGCGCAUGGCCAUUACCCGCGCACCCCUCCGCGCCGGCCGCCGCAACUACAGCUCCGAGACCCCCAAGCAGUUUGCUGGUGCCGAGGACAACGAGUUCAACCGCGAGCGUGCCCGCAUUGCCCAGCACGCCGAGGAGUCUGGCGAGUUCUGGCGCAAGUUGUCGCUUUAUGUCGCCGUUCCUUGCAUCAUCGUCGCCGCGGUCAACGCAAAGAUCAGAUGGGACGCCCAUUGGGAGCACGUCGCCCACGAGGAGGAAGUGCACCCCCGAUCCGAGAGGCCCGAGUACUCCUACCAGAACAUCCGCACCAAGAACUUCUUCUUCGGAGAUGGUGACAAGACUUUUUUCUGGAACGACAAGGUCAACUACCACAAGAAGGACUAG